GUUCUACAGAAUACUUCUUUCUGAUUUAACUUGAGACUAGACAAUUUGUACACUAUUUAUACUUUAAUGUUGAAGAGCAGUGUUAUUAUUUCGAAGAAUAUCAAUUGAUUGCAAUGGAUAAAAGAAUUCAUAUAUUGCUACUUGCUGCAUCAUUGCUGGUUGUAAUGCCGGCCUCUUGCCUUGAUGAUGCUUCAACACCUAUUCACAAGGAAGGAUAUUGCAUAAUGUAUGGAGAAUGUGCUACCAACACAGCAACAUCAAAAAAUCUGAACUGCCUCUACAAUAAAAAAGCUCCACUUUUAAAGGAUAAACAAGGUCUCGAUACAUUAUUGGAGCUCUGCCCAGCUCUUCAUAAAGGUGAAAACACUACAACUUGUUGUGACAUUAACCAGUUGGAGACAAUAAGGUCAAAUGUACAGGUUCCAUAUCAAGCAUUCUCUCGAUGUCCAACAUGUUUUCAUAAUUUCAUGGCAUUGUUCUGUGAAAUGACAUGUAGUCCCAAUCAGAGUGUAUAUGUGAACGGAACAAAAUUUGCUAAAGGAGAUACUGGUACAUAUCAUGCAUUCAACAACCAAACUUAUGUCACUGAGAUAUUUUACAAUAUAACUAAAAAAUACGCUGACGGUAUGUUUGAUUCAUGUGAUCAUGUCACCAAUCCAUCUACUAACGCCAGAGCUAUGGACUUACUUUGCGGGCCUUAUGCUUCAAGUUGCACAGCUGAGAAAUGGAUCUCAUACAUGCUCUCAUCAGACAAUGGUUUUGCCCCGUUUCAAAUUGAUGUUGGUUUUCAACCGAAUGCCGAUCAUGCUAUGGAUGUCAAAGUUAUUCCAUGCAAUGAGAGCGUUAACAAUGGAGAUGGAGGUUGCAGUUGUAAUGAUUGUCCCGCAUCCUGUUCGGGUCCACCCCCAUCUCCUCCUGUUCCUCCAGAACCAUGGAAAUUAUUCAACAAUGAUCCCGUCUAUGUUAUCAUGUCGUUUUUCUUUGUUGGAAUGUCACUUUCCUAUUUGUCCGCAGUGAUUUGCUAUAAUGUUAGGAAAUCAAAUAAAUCAUCUUUGCAGACGUUAAAUGAUUCUUAUCCUGAUGGAUAUGGAUCGACUGAUGAUAUUGGUGUCAGAACCAUCAACACUGUCUCGCACAAAGAUAGCCACAACAACAUUUCAACAUUGACAAGACUUGGAUUGAAACUAGACAGGGCCAUGCAGCAUAUUUUUACAAAAUGGGGAAUAUGGUGCGCUAGUCAUCCUAUUACCGUCAUUAUUGUAGGUAUUGUUUUUGUUGGUAUCUGCUCUGCUGGUCUUGUCAAACUUCAAGUAACAACAGAUCCAGUUGAACUCUGGUCUUCCCCAGAAAGCACUGCUAGACAAAGGAAAAAUUAUUUUGAUAGCCAUUUUGAUCCUUUCUAUAGGACCGAACAACUGAUCAUCACUACUAAUAGUAACAAAACAUAUGAAUACAAGUUAUAUACUGAAAGUACAAAUCCAAAGGAUCAAAAAUAUGUUCAUUUUGGUCCAAUCUUGGGAAACAAAGCUUUGUUGAAAGAGAUUCUAGAGCUUCAACUUGCUGUGGAAUCCAUCACUGCCUGGUAUCCAGAAGAAAACAAAACUAUUGGUUUGGAAGAUAUUUGUCUCAAACCUUUAGAUCCAUACAACCAGAAUUGUGCUAUCAUGUCUCCACUUAAUUAUUUCCAAAAUAAUGCUUCGCAACUAGAUAGAGAAAUUGGAGAUGAAUUCUUCGGCAUCCAAGCAGAUUUUCAUGACCAUUUAAUUGCAUGUGUCAAUGGCCCAACUGUUCCCGAUGAUGCUACAAAACUCCACAUGAGUUGUCUCGGCACAUAUGGGGGUCCAGUUUUCCCUUGGGUGGGGCUUGGCGGAUUCGAUGAACAAAAUUAUCUGAAUGCAACUGCAGUUGUUAUCACUUUUUCUGUGAACAACAUCUACAAUGAUAAAAAGAAGUUAGGAAGGGCUUUAGUUUGGGAGAAAAAAUUUAUCGAAUUCAUGAAAAACUACACAAGUGACAAUCUCACUGUCGCUUUUUCAUCUGAGCGUUCCAUAGAAGAUGAGAUCAACAGGGAAUCUGGUGCUGACAUUAUGACCAUUGCUACGUCUUAUUUAAUCAUGUUUGCAUAUGUUGCAAUUGCUCUCGGAAAAUUUUCAAAUUGCCACGCUGGUAGAAUAAUGAUUGAAUGCAAAUUGACUGUUGGAUUAUCAGGAGUACUGAUUGUAUUGUGUUCCGUGUGUGUAUCUCUCGGUAUAUUCAGUUAUGCUGGAGUUCCUCUUACGCUUAUCAUCGUAGAAGUUGUACCGUUCCUCGUCCUCGCUGUUGGUGUCGAUAAUAUUUUUAUAUUGGUGCAACACUACCAAAGGGAUGAAAGAAGCCAAAAAGAGACACCAGAACAUCAAAUUGGCAGAAUUCUCGGUGAUGUAGCACCAAGCAUGUUCAUGUCAUCCAUGUCAGAGUCUCUUGCCUUCUUUCUGGGUGGUCUCUCAACUAUGCCUGCAGUAAAGACAUUCUCAUUGUUCGCGGGUUUGGCUGUUUUAACCGAUUUUAUUCUACAAAUGACCUGCUUCGUUGCUGUGCUAGCUUUGGACGUGAAAAGACAGGCCUCAAACAGAUUUGAUUGCUGUUGUUUCAUACAAGAUAACAAAUCACCAGAUUCUGAAUCAGAAGGAAUUCUUCAUAGAUUAAUGAGAGCAGUUGUUGCAAAAUUUGUCCUUUCUGAAUAUGUGAAGCCUAUAUUAACCGUUAUUUUCAUGGCAAUGGCAUGUUUCAGUGGAGCAGUUAUUCAUAAAGUUGAAAUAGGACUCGAUCAAUCACUAUCAAUGCCAAGUGAUUCUUAUGUUCUUGAUUAUUUUGCUGGAAUUAACAAUUACCUUGCUGUGGGUGCUCCUGUAUAUUUUGUCGUACCGGAAGGAUAUGAUUACAAAACUGUAAACGGAUCGAAUCAUAUUUGUGGUGGUAACGGAUGUUUUAGUGACUCGUUGAUUCAGAAAAUAUCAUAUGCUUCAAAGAUGCCUAAUUAUUCCACAAUUGCUUAUGAAGCCUCAUCAUGGUUAGAUGAUUACCUUGCUUGGUUGAAGCCACAAUCAUCAUGCUGCAGAUAUUACAAUGAUGAACCUGAUAAGUUUUGUAAUGCCACUAUACCAAAGAAUGAAGCCAAUUGUACUUUCUGUCGAAGCGUGACAGAAGCCACCAAUAAUCCCAGGCCCAGUGCUCAUGAAUUUAUGGAGUUUUUACCUUGGUUUUUACUUGACAAUCCUGAAGCUAAUUGUGCUAAAGGUGGACAUGCUGCGUAUGGUGGUGGAGUGAAAAUAAUUAAUUCUACUAAUCCAGAUGAUAAACUGGACACAGAUGUUGGAGCUACUUACUUUAUGACGUAUCACACUGUGGCAAAAACAUCUCAAGAUUUUAUUCAAUGUUUGAAACAAGCAAAUUCGUUAGCGGAGAAUAUAACUGCUACCAUCAACAGUUCUGUAGAAGUCUUCCCAUACUCUGUGUUCUACGUUUAUUAUGAACAAUAUUUAACCAUUGUCGAUGAUACACGAUUCAAUUUAACCAUCUCUCUUGCUGUCAUCUUUGUUAUCGUUUUCGUCAUGAUGGGAUUCGACUUGAUAUCAGCCUUAGUGGUUGUCGCAGUAAUAUCUCUCAUUAUAUUAAACAUGUUUGGAGUCAUGUUUUUAUGGAACAUUCCGCUCAAUGCAGUAUCAUUAGUAAAUUUAGUUAUGGCUGUUGGUAUUUCGGUGGAAUUUUGCUCUCACAUCACUCGGGCGUUUGCACUCAGUCAGAGAUCGAGUAGAUUGCUUCGUGCCGAUGAAGCUCUUUCUGAAAUGGGAAGUUCUGUGCUCAGUGGAAUCACUUUGACAAAAUUUGUGGGAAUUUCUAUUUUGGCUUUCAGUACUUCUCAAAUAUUCAGAAUUUUCUACUUCCGUAUGUACCUGGCGAUUGUGGUACUUGGAGCAACACAUGGCCUCAUUUUACUGCCUAUAUUACUAAGUUAUUUAGGUCCGGCAAAGCGACCACUCUCUUCUGAUCAUCACACUUUAUUGGAAGAUGGAGAAUAUACAUCAGGAGAUCGUAAUAGUCUUCUGGGACAAAAUGGAACUGCAAAAAGAACAUCGUCUUAUGAUGAUGACUCUAGUACUAGCAGUUCAUCGUAAAUAAGUUCAUUUCAUUUUUUUUACGUAAAUGUAACAAAACGAGAGAUAAACUGAGAAAGGCAUUUCUGAGAUUUUUUUGUCAGGGAUAGCCAUAGUUACGAUAUUUUCAUUUUUAUUGUUACAAGGUUUUUAAGUGUCAUACUAGUUUAAAGAUACAAAACAGUAAUAUUGUGCUAUAAAAUUUGGCAUGUAUGAUUUUUCAAAAAUAAAUCAUCAUAAAACAUUUUCUUUGGGUUUCUGAUUUUUGAACCAUUUAUUUAUAUUGUUUUGAAUGUCAUAUAACAGUAUUAUAUAAAAUCUCUAUUUGGUUCAUAAUUAAUUUGGGAUGACCAUGGGAGGUGGUAAGAAAACUGGCGUGGUAAACAAAAAUUCGAAAUGGAUUCCCCAAAUUAACUGGUGUAAAAAUACUUUACAAAACUAUUCUAAUUUUGCUUAUUAAUGUUUGUUUUCGCACUCGAUUUUGGUGCAUUCAUUUAAAAUAGUGGAAAUCUUCUUAUUUCUUCGUAUAAUUCUGAUGAAGCUCAUUACAUUAUAGAGUCAUAUAACGUACAAAGCAUUUAUUACAUCAUCUUGUUCAAACCUGUCUCUAAAUGUUUUACUAAAACAAAGGCAAGGACAAGCAUGUGUUUGAAGAUAGGGAGUAUAGUCAAUCAGACUAGAUGCUUUUAAAUUAUUAUUAUUAGUUUUCUCCAUUUUCCACACAUUGGAUUAUGUAGUACUCUGCUGUUGUAAAAUUGUUUGAGGGCCAAAACGCUAGGUAGAAUUCUGUAGGAUUUCAAAAAGAUGUCUAAAAUCUUGGUUUUCGUCUUGCUCUCACUGCCCCCUUAAAAAAAUUGAGUACACUGAAGCCUUAUGAAAGAAUUACAAAUGUUUCCCUUUAAUUAUCCAAACUAUCCAUUGUGGAUCAUCAUUUCAUCCUGAUGUUGUUGAGCUGAAGAAUUUUUCUAUAUGCCUCUGUGUUUGCAAUGAAUUGUUAAUUAUCUGAAAAUCUUUCAUUGUCAUGUUGUCUCUGUUUUUUUUUUAUCGAUUGUGUUCUUUUAUUACUAAUCUAUAUUACUACUUAGCGAUAUUUUCUCUGUUGAUUGAUUAGCUGUUUUAAGAUAUCUAAAAUAUGAAUGGUUGUUUUUGAAGGGA